UUUAUUGUGAAUGUGGCAUUCCAGGCAGCAUAACGACAUUGUCUUUGCAGGGUGAAGUCACAGGAGACAAUUUAUAAGUUAGACUUCAGUUUCAAACUCCUUAAUAUAUCCAAUUCUUUGGUUGUUUUUGGCUUCAUCUCUUCAAGGAAAGACUCUCCAGAGCAGAUGCAAACAUGACUGUCGAGUUCAAGUCCUCUACAGUGACAAACAUGGACAUUGAUGACAAUAAAGUCGGCUACAAGCAACUUUUAGAGGAUGGCAUUCCCAGGUUUCGGAAUUCAGUCUACGUGGUGAGGAACAGCCCUUUCAAGGUUGCAACAGUUUGCCUCGGGCUGCUGUGUGUCCUCCUGUUGGCUGGGGUCAUAGGUCAGAGUGCUCAUUACCGAAGUGUGGAACAAUUCCAAGAGGUCAAAGAAGUAACCAUGAAUAAAGAGAAAGAAACCCUGCAAGAAAGCCUGAAGUCGGUUCAAAAAGAGAAAAGGGAUUUUGAAGUCACCCAUAAUCAGUUACAGCAAAGUUAUGAAUUCUUAUCUAAAAAGAGAGAUCAAACACAGACCAAUAACAAAUUACUGAUUGAACAAGCAAGCAAAUAUAAAGUUGAUCUAAGUCAGUCACAGGCCAGUGCUGCUGCUUCAAGCAAGGAGUUAGAGCAGGUAAAGGCAGCUAAAAUCAAGUUAGAGACUGAAAACAAUGCCUUGACUAAAAACAAAGAGAUACUGCAAAAUUCAUACACUACAAUGCUCAACACCAAAAAGGACUUAGAGGUCCGUUUGACCUCAGUGACCAAAGAGAGGGACAAUUUACAGAACAAAUUCAAUAAUGCAACCAGAUCAAAAGAGCAGUUGCAAAUGAGCUACAACACUCUGAUUCUGGAAAUAGAGCAUUUACAGGGCAGAUACAACUUCUCUUCCAGUGAGAAAGACAAGAUAGAAAGCAGUCACAAAAACGUAACGACACAGAAAGACCUUCUCCAGGUUACUUACAGCUUACUUGUAAAUGCCACAGAAGAGUUGCGGGCUUCUUACAAUUCCUUGAUUCAAGAGAAAAAAGAGCUUGAAAGCACAUCCAAAAAUGCAACUGAGGAGAGAGACCUGAUGAGAAUGAAAAACGACAACCUGACUGCUGAGAGAGACCAGUUUAAGGCGGAAUUUGACAGACUGAACAUAAUGAUUCAAGGUAAGAAGUGUCCCACUGGCUGGCAAAAGUUUGAGGGGAGCUGCUACUUCACUUCCGUUAGCCAGAAAUCCUGGAGCAACAGCAGAGAAUACUGUCAAAACAAAGGAGGAGAUUUGGCAAUCGUGAAGACCAAAGAAGAGAUGAACUUCAUCAAUGGCCUGUAUGGAAGUGACAAAGAAGUCUGGAUUGGACUGACUGAUAAAGGAGUAGAAGGGCAGUGGCAAUGGGUGGAUGGGACCCCAAUGACCACAACGUUUUGGGGUUCAGGCCAGCCCAACAGCUACAACGGAAGAGACCAGGACUGUGUGGAGUUCUGGCACCGUGCGACCAGACAGGGCGAGUGGAAUGAUGAGAACUGUAGCCUUGAACAAAACUUUAUUUGCGAGAUGUCGGUUUGUUAACAGUUAAAAACCAACAUGUACGUUUGUUUCACUAGGAAUGUAUUGACAAGUUGAAUCUAGCAGGUGGAUCAGCUUGUGCUGGUGCAGAUACAGGCUGUUGUGGGGGGACAGGGAUUUCCAUUGAUAGCUGUACAUACUGUAGACACAAUUAUGCUCAUAUAAUGGCUUCUUUUUGCCUUAGAUGAUUAGAUAUUCACAGGCUGGCAUUUUAAAGAAUGAUAACUAAUUAAUAUUCAGUAUAGCUACCGUAUAUGUAAAAAAAAAAAAACAAAAAAAAAAAAAACACUGAGAUUUUAUCAAUUUAAUUUACUACUAUGAUUGGUUGAUUGACAAAUGAAUGAGAUGUACAUGUGAAAUUGCAUUUUUUCCCAACCUUUUGUGGCAGUAAAAGUCACUCAACAAUUUCUGUACUCAGUUAUCGUUGCUUGACGUUUGACCAAGAAGGCAUUAGUGCACAACCAUAUAAGUGCCUCACACUGAUUUCAGAGGACACCAGCAAUAAAUAUACUGUAUUAUUUUUUCAAAAUUAAUAAUCAUUCAAGUUGUGCUUUUACUACUGAAAUGUCCCAGAAUGUUGAUUACAAUUCAAUUAUAUGUAUUUUUUAAAUUUGAUUUUAUAUUCAUAUAAAGACAUUUUAGUUAUUCAUUUCUGUAAACACACAAUGAAUUGAUUGCACAUUGUUCAUCUUGUACUACUAAUGUAAUGACUUGCAUUCAUAGAGCUCAUCUAUAUGUUCAGGUACCUUAAACACCUGCAUGAAGCCAUAUAUAUUAGAACAAUUUAUAUUGCUAUGUUCUUAUAAUGAUAAUGAUGAAUAAAUAAUGAAUGUGU